CAAAACACUGUAAACCACGCACUUACAAAUUUAAUUUGUUAAACGAUUUGAUUAUGGCUGUGCUACCACCAGAUCCUGUGUUCAGCCUGCGUUCCCCGGACAUGGGCGCCGUGAAUUCGGUUUGCUUCCAGGAAAACGAGCGUCUCCUGGCGGGCACCAUCAAGGGCAGCGUUUUCCUGUGGGAUCUACAGACAAAUCGCUCGGCUCUGCACUUUGAAGUGGGCAGCGAGCCCAUCACAAGCCUGCAUCACACGUCCGACCGACUGGUGACCCAGGAGAAGGGUGGAACCGUCACGAUGUUCUCCAUAGGCAACAGCAGCUAUGUGAAGGAGCACAGUAUUCUGGGAAAUCAUCUGGGGUACUGCCGUUCAGCCCUUUAUAUGAAUACGAGCAACACCAACGAGCAGCUUCUGUUCUAUCCCUGCGAGGAGUCGUCCAUUGGAGUGCUGCAUGUGACGGACUCGGCUGCCCCCACCCAAAUGCUUGUGCCUGACGAUCCGCAGCUGCCCAAGCUGGGCAGCGUCACCUGCUUCAAGCCCUUCGACUGCGCCUCCUCACUGUUCCUACUGGCCGGCUACGAGUCUGGGCACUUUCUGACGUGGGACAUCAGCUCUGGUGUUAUGGUGGAUGUCGUCGAGCUGGCGACUGAUGCCAUGGCAGUGGACUAUGACCCCAUAACGAAUAGAGGCAUCGUUGGCGGUGCCUCGGACAAGCUGACCACCUUUAGCUACCAGCGGCCAUCCAUGCAGCUGCAGCGCGGCUCGGAGCUGUGCAUCAAGAAUCCGGGCGUCAACUGUGUUCGCAUUCGCGCCGACCAGAAGGUCUUUGCCAGCGGUGGCUGGGAUGGUCGCAUUCGGAUCUUCUCUUGGAAGAGUCUCCGACCUCUGGCCGUGCUCACCCAGCACAAGCAGGGCGGUGUCAUGGACCUGGCCUACUCCCAGCAGCCGGUGGCUAUGUGGCGGGCUCCCAUCAUGGCGGCAGCGGGCAUGGACGGCCAGAUCUCGCUCUGGGAUCUGUACAAUUAAAAGGUGCUACCAGAGUAGUCACAAGUGCUACCUUCAGUUUGAGUUAUAUUUGUUUAGCAUGCAGCAGAGCACCUUGUAAGCUGCUCAGGGACUGAUAACGUUAUCCUUUUAUGCGUAGACUAGGUGGAAACACACACAAUUAUACACAUUGCAAAUUAA